UCUCGUUUUUUAAUUCCUUGAACUGGCAACAAUAUUACAUAACUUGUUAUUUAAGCAUUGUUGCUUCAAGAAGCUAUUUACACUUUGCUACUGGAAUUCCCAUUGUACAGAGUCGCUCAGAACUGCUUUUCCUGAAAUCAAUGGUGGUGUUUUUGCAGUUCGAGUGAAUUAGCUAACGAGAUUUGGUUAUGCUCUUGCUUCAUUCAGGUGUGAAGUGUAUAAAGUUUAUCAGAGUGGGUCAAAUAAUGGACAAGAAUUUAGUCCUCACAUCAUCUUGCUCGUUGAAAUUAGCAGAAACAUAUCCAACAAUCAGUGAUGAUUUAGCAAGAAUCUUGCGUGGUCUCAUAUCCAAACUCCCAUUGUGAAUAUUUAGAAGGUGUUUAGUAAUUAAAAAAAUAAAAGCAUGAAAUUGUUUCAGCAAUAUCCAAGUAUUAUCUUCUUCUUUUGGUGCACAUUAUUAUUUAAUACCAACUUGUCGCAAACUAUUCCACAACGAUUAGCUGAAUUAACGAAUACAUUCAGCUCAAUUGCUUCCCGUUCGCGUCAUGACGAGCUGGCAACUCCAAAUCUUAUCAAGAGGAAUGGAUAUCCGGUCGAAGUUCAUGAAGUUACUACUCAAGAUGGGUAUAUAUUAGAACUCCACAGAAUUCCAUACGGAUUAAAAUCUCCCGAAGGCCCAGGAAAACUUCCUGUUUUUGUUCAGCAUGGAAAUUUUCAAUCUUCAUCAGAUUGGAUGUUAAACGAUCCUGACAAUGCACUGCCCUUGAUUCUUGCAGACAAUGGAUACGAUGUUUGGUUGGGCAAUCAACGAGGAAACACCUAUUCUACUAAACAUAUUAAAUACACCUUUACAACACCUGCAUUCUGGAAUUUCAGUUAUCAUGAAGCUGCCUUGUUUGAUUUCCCUGCUGUAGUCGAUUAUGUUUUGGAGAUCUCAAAUUCACCGAAAUUGCACUAUAUUUCUCAUUCGGUGGGUAGCAAGAAUUUCAUGGCAGGAUUAACACUUCGACCAGAAUAUAAUGACAAGAUAAGCGUCGGAGUGAUGAUGGGACCUGCAGGUUUCAUGACGUAUAUGUUCAACGGAUAUGCUCGUCUGCUUGGUCCAAUAUUACGACUUGGUCAGAUAAUGUUAAAUAUUUUUGGGCCUAUGCCAGCUGCGCCGCACAGAGUUACAAGAUUCGAACGAUUUCUCCGCCCCAUCAUAUGCAAAUCUAAUGUAGAUAUCAUUGGUGUUUGUGCAGCCUUUUUCUAUAGUACUUUUGGUCUUGACAGAGAGCAAAUUACUCCAGAAAAAUUGGAUGAAGUCAAAGUAGUAUUUCCUUCCACCAGCAGCUAUAAACUAUGGAUGCAUUUGGUUCAAGAAAUCAACUCUGGUCAUUAUCGCCAAUUUGAUUAUGGAACUGAGAAGAACAUGCAAGUCUAUGGCAAACCGAAUCCUCCGGACUAUGAUUUAUCAAAAAUUACUAUUCCAAUUUCAAUUAUGCAUGGAGAACUAGAUCACAUUGCCAGAAUUGAGGACACACAAGCUUUGUUGAAAUUACUACCAAACGUAGUAGACUUUUACGUAAUCCCAUGGAAGAAUUGGACCCAUUUGGACUUCAACUAUGCGAAAGACGCCGGAGUUUUAAACCAUGCACAUAUCCUAGACAUUUUAGAACAGUACCGGUUUUCAUAGGAAAAAGUAAAGUCAGUAAAAUGGGCGUAUGAAUAAAAUAGUUGUCGCCAUUUGCAAAAUAUGAA